UCGAGCGAGCGUCCAUGUUGGUGAUCCUGCUGAACUGUGUGACACUGGGCAUGUUUCAUCCCUGUGAGGACAUCGACUGCGACUCUGAGAGGUGCAAGAUCCUGCAGGACUUUGAUGACUUCAUCUUUGCAUUCUUUGCCAUUGAGAUGGUGAUCAAGAUGGUGGCUCUGGGGAUUUUUGGCAAGAAGUGUUACCUUGGAGACACAUGGAACCGCUUGGACUUCUUCAUAGUAGUGGCUGGGAUGUUAGAGUACUCCCUCAACCUGCAGAACGUCAGUUUUUCAGCAGUGAGGACAGUUCGUGUGCUGAGACCUCUGAGAGCCAUCAAUCGAGUGCCAAGUAUGCGCAUCCUGGUGACCCUGCUGCUCGACACCCUGCCCAUGCUGGGUAACGUGCUUCUGCUCUGCUUCUUUGUCUUCUUCAUAUUCGGCAUCGUAGGCGUCCAGCUGUGGGUCGGCCGGCUCAGAAACCGCUGCUUUGUGGAAGAGAACUUCCCUUUCUCUCUUACUUAUAACUACUACCACACUGAAAACGACGACGAGAACCCCUUCAUCUGCUCUCAGGCCAAAGAUAACGGCAUGAGGGAAUGCAAAUCUAUCCCCAAGCUAUAUGAGGAAGGAGGCCUGCAGUGCAACCUAGACAUGUAUUCUAACAUCACUGACAACACCACCUGCAUCAACUGGAACCAGUACUACACCAACUGCUCUGAUAGUAUGGUCAACCCCUUCAAGGGCGCCAUCAACUUCGACAACAUCUUCUACGCCUGGAUCGCCAUCUUUCAGGUGAUCACUCUGGAGGGCUGGGUGGACAUCAUGUAUUUUGUGAUGGAUGCUCACUCCUUCUACAACUUCAUCUACUUCAUCCUACUCAUCAUUAUUGGCUCAUUCUUUAUGAUCAACCUGUGCCUGGUGGUCAUUGCAACUCAGUUCUCAGAGACCAAACAGAGGGAGAGUCAGCUGAUGAAGGAGCAGCGGGUACGCUUCAUGUCCAACGCCAGCACGCUGGCUUCCCUCUCUGAGCCGGGCUCCUGCUACAAUGAGCUGCUCAAGUACCUGGUUCAUAUCAUUCGCAAGGGGGCAAAACAAGUGGCUCAUAUCUGCAGGCUCUUGGCUCGCCGUGCAGGGCUCAACAUCGCUGCCUCGCCCCCAGCCUCCGAUCCCCAACGUAGCCAGAGAAGGAGGAGGAAGUCCUCCAGGCAGGGAUCUGUCUCAGUUCAUCACAUGAUGCACCACCAUCAUCAUCACCACCACCACCACCACUAUCACCUGGGAAAUGGCAGUGUGAGGGGAGGAGGGAGCAUCAGGUGUCUGGAGGGUAGGGAUGUGGAGGCUGGUGCUCAUAACAACAAUGGAGGGGGUCUUGUAGCAAGCACUGACACAGGGCACCUUACUUUAGUCCCACCAUCUUCUGUGACAGCAGCCACCUCUGAUACAAACCUGGCCACUUUGUCCAAUCCUGCUGCAGGAGCUGCUGAUUUAUCUUCAGUUCGUAGUGUAUUCCACACGGAAACUCCUCGCUGUACCCCCUCACCCACUAACCUGGGGCCUAACGCUGGCCCUUUCUCCCUAGCCCCAGCUCCCAUGUCCAGGGCCAUGAAAAGAAACUCUGUACCCUUUGUGGCUUCAGGGCCUAAGAACUACCCCACUCUGCAGGCUCGAGCCCUGGCAGAGUCCAGACGAGGGAGUGCUGCUGCCAGCACUCUGACUAACAUCAACUUCAACUUAAAUAUCCCACCCAUGCCCCUGGAGCGACGACCAUCAAGCCUGGUGGACACACACUUUCCCACAGCCCAGCUCUCCUGCCAGCUGUCGGCCUGUGACCUCAGCACCGUCAGCAGUGCCAUGGACCCAGCCGCUUUGACCCUGGAUCCUGAGAAUUGCCCUUACUGCGCCAAGGCCCUUGCCAAUGAAUCAGAGGGUGGCACCGAUGGCAAUGAGACCCCUGGAGACUCCGACAGUGAGGGCGUAUAUGAGUUCACCCAGGACCUUCACCACAGGGACAGGAGAGACAGCCGGCAGCCUAAGAAGAAGCACAUUAGGCUGGGAAAAACGGCGGCGAACAUUGUUCACUUCUGGAGGCUGGUGUGCGACACAUUCAGGAAGAUCGUAGACAGCAAGUACUUUGGACGAGGGAUUAUGAUCGCCAUUCUGAUCAACACUCUAAGCAUGGGGAUCGAGUACCAUGAGCAGCCUGCCGAGUUGACCAAUGCUUUGGAGAUCAGUAACAUUGUGUUCACCAGCCUGUUCUCCCUGGAGAUGCUGUUGAAGGUAUUGGUCUAUGGACCUUUUGGCUACAUCAAGAACCCCUACAAUAUCUUUGAUGGCAUCAUCGUGGUCAUCAGCGUGUGGGAGAUUGUGGGUCAGCAGGAUGGCGGUCUGUCAGUGCUGAGGACCUUCCGACUGAUGCGGGUGCUGAAGCUGGUCCGUUUCAUGCCGGCCCUGCAGAGGCAGCUGGUGGUGCUGAUGAAAACCAUGGACAAUGUGGCCACCUUCUGCAUGCUGCUCAUGCUCUUUAUCUUCAUCUUCAGCAUCCUGGGAAUGCAUCUGUUUGGUUGCAAGUUUGGGUCUGAGAGAGAUGGAGACACCCUGCCAGACAGAAAGAACUUUGACUCUCUUCUCUGGGCCAUAGUGACUGUCUUCCAGAUUCUAACCCAGGAAGACUGGAACAAGGUAUUAUAUAACGGCAUGGCCUCCACCUCUCCCGCAGCUGCCCUCUACUUCAUCGCGCUCAUGACGUUUGGCAACUAUGUCCUUUUCAACUUGCUGGUGGCCAUCUUGGUUGAGGGUUUCCAGACAGAGGAAGUGGCCAAGCGGGAGGAAUUGCAUGCCCAGCUGAGCCUAAUUCAGCUGCCUGUAGAUUCAGGGGGCGAUGCUUCUAAAUCAGGUUCGGAGAUCGAUUCCUGUGCACGAAGUAUGGAGGAUGUUAACGGCAGCAAGAAGGAUUUAUCAGCCUCUGCAGUAGUGCCUGUAAAUGGUCACGUGGACCUGAAGACCAACUUGACUCCACCUCUAAUUACCCACACGGCUGCCACCCCAAUGCCUGUACCCAAGUUGCCUGUCGGAGGUGACCCCAUCCUGGGCUACGAGUCCCGUCGGGGCAGCAGCGUUUCCAUAGACCCGGCAUGCUAUGACAAAUCACCGACCAGUGCCCGCAGCUCUUCCCCCCACGCCCCAUGGAGCUCCGGAAGCGGCUGGACUAGCCGGCGGUCCAGCUGGAACAGCCUGGGCCGUGCCCCAUCGCUGAAACGCCAGAAGCGUCAGUCUGGGGAGCGACGGUCUCUCCUGUCCGGGGAUGGUGGCUCCAGUUCUGAAGAUGGGGAAGGAGAAGGAGGAGAUGGGCUGAUGGAGGACGAUGACGGCUCUCUGGCCAGGACGGACUCCAUGUCCCAGUCACAGAGAGGGCCCCGACACCGAAGGAUGGAGUCUGUGGAGACUCGGAGCUCCAUGGAUUUGCCUCCUGAUGCUCUACUGCAGGUACCCUACCUGUGCCGCUCGGCCAGUAUGCACAGCUCCAGACCCCCCUCACUGGCCCACUUCCGGUCCCUUGAGCACAGCGACUGCAAUGGGAAGGGCUCUCCAUCAGUCUUGGGCCCCACACAUGUCUCUCUGGAGGAAAACACUGAAGACGAAAAUGCAGAAGAGGAGCUGAAUCUGGGUCGUUUUGCUCGACUGUUCCGCUGGCUGGAGAAGAAACAGCCGGAGUGGUGUCGACAGAGAGACGCCUGGUCACUCUACCUCUUCCCUCCAGAUUCAAGGUUUCGGGUCCUGUGCAAUAAGAUCAUCACCCACAAGAUGUUUGAUCACAUUGUGUUGGUCAUCAUCUUCUUCAACUGCAUCACUAUCGCCAUGGAGAGGCCUGCCAUUGGCAACACCAGUGCUGAACGCCUCUUCUUAACGUUGUCCAACUACAUCUUCACAGCGAUCUUUGUGGCUGAGAUGUCUAUAAAGAUCGUAGCUUUGGGCUGGUGUUUCGGGGAAAAGGCCUACCUGAGGAGCAGCUGGAACAUUCUGGACGGGAUGUUAGUGAUGAUCUCUGUUAUUGACAUCCUGGUGUCUCUCAUCUCCAAUUCGGGCACCAAGAUCCUGGGCAUGCUCCGAGUGCUGAGGCUGCUGAGGACCCUGAGGCCGUUACGUGUGAUCAGCAGAGCCCCGGGGCUGAAGCUGGUGGUAGAGACCCUGAUGUCGUCACUGAAGCCCAUCGGCAACAUCGUGGUCAUCUGCUGCGCCUUCUUCAUUAUCUUUGGCAUCUUGGGAGUACAGCUGUUCAAGGGGAAGUUCUUUGUUUGUCAGGGAGAAGAUGUAAGGAACAUUACCAACAAGUCAGACUGUUUGCUGGCCAAAUACAAAUGGGUCAGACACAAGUACAACUUUGACAACUUGGGACAGGCUUUGAUGUCUCUGUUUGUUCUGGCGUCAAAAGAUGGCUGGGUAGAUAUUAUGUAUGAUGGACUAGAUGCCGUAGGAGUGGAUCAACAGCCAAUUAUGAACUAUAACCCAUGGAUGCUGCUCUACUUCAUCUCCUUUCUGCUGAUCGUGGCCUUCUUUGUGCUCAACAUGUUCGUUGGUGUGGUGGUGGAGAACUUCCACAAGUGUCGGCGCCACCAGGAGGCUGAGGAGGCCAAGCGCAGGGAGGAGAAGAGACUGAAACGCAUGGAGAAAAAGAGACGGAAAGCUCAGAGUAAGCCCUACUACUCCGAUUACUCCCCCACCCGCCUGCUCAUCCACAAGAUGUGCACCAGCCACUACCUGGACCUGUUCAUCACCAUUGUCAUAGGGCUCAACGUCAUCGCCAUGUCCAUGGAGCACUACAAGCAGCCUGAGGAGUUGACCGAGGCCUUGAAGAUCUGUAACUACAUCUUCACCCUCAUCUUUGUGCUGGAGUCCGUCUUCAAGCUGGUGGCCUUCGGCUUCCGGCGCUUCUUCAAGGACAAGUGGAACCAACUGGAUCUGGUCAUUGUGCUGCUGUCCAUCAUGGGCAUUACUCUGGAGAAGAUUGAGGAGGCCUCUCUGCCUAUCAACCCCACCAUUAUCCGCAUCAUGAGAGUGCUGAGGAUUGCACGAGUAUUGAAGCUCUUGAAGAUGGCAGUAGGAAUGAGAGCUUUGCUGGACACCGUUAUGCAAGCCCUGCCUCAGGUGGGGAAUCUGGGUCUUCUCUUCAUGCUUCUCUUCUUUAUCUUUGCAGCCUUGGGAGUGGAGCUGUUUGGUGAAUUGAUUUGCGAUGAGCAGCACCCAUGUGAAGGUUUGGGGCGCUAUGCUACCUUCCGAAACUUUGGGAUGGCAUUUUUACUGCUCUUCAGAGUUUCCACAGGAGACAACUGGAAUGGCAUAAUGAAGGACACAUUAAGGGACUGUGCUAAUGACACCGGCACCUGCUACAAUACUGUGGUCUCUCCCAUCUACUUCGUCUCUUUCGUUUUGACUGCUCAAUUUGUCCUGGUCAACGUUGUCAUCGCUGUCCUGAUGAAACACUUGGAAGAGAGCAACAAGGAAGCCAAGGAGGAGGCAGAGCUGGAGGCUGAGUUGGAGCUGGAGAACCGUCUCCAGGCAGAUGACAUGGCAACGAGGUCACCCCAGCUAAACCCUAUGGCAACAGGCAUAGACCGGUCAAGUUCUGGCGGUUCCCCCUGGAUGUCCACUGUCGGACGGGGCAGGGAGACGGAAAGGGGCGGUCCAGUGGACUCUCCCACAGCUGAUAUAACCAGAGACUCAGUUAACAUCAGAGCAGACCCCGCUUCAUGUCUGGAGCCCCCACUGGAGUUUGUCCAGCGGAGAGCGCAGUUUGACUCGGUCUCCCUGGUCAUCCAGGGUUCAAUGGAGGGAGAGUUGAGUUUGAUGGACAACUUGUCUGGCUCUAUCUGCCACUACUACGCGCUGCCCCCCAAGCCCAGCAAGCACAACACCGACAAGAAGAUCCCUCUAGCGGAGAUGGAAGCUCUGUCUCUGGCCUCUGAGAAAUCCUGGUCCCUAGCUCUGACAGACGACUCGGCCCCCGACGAUUUUAACCCCCUCUUUCUAACCAGUCUGGAAUGCAAUCCAGAGCAGCUCGAUCCUGGGGAGCCACUGGAGAGCAACCUGCUGAGCGUCAGGAAGCCUACGGUGGGACGCACACACUCCCUGCCCAACGACAGCUACAUGUUCCUCCCCCCGCAGCCCUUAGGCCAUGCAGCUCCAACUCACCUUCUAGCACAGACACAGGAGCCCCAGCAUGUGCUGGGUACCCACAGGGCCCAAUCAGGCUCCAGUGGCUCGGUGCGUUCGCAGCCGGAGGACUUUUCUCAACAGCUGACUGUUCCCACAGACCUGUUUAGACCCAUCAGCCCCCACAGCCACUCAGACUCUGAGAGUAUACCACGACUACCCCCUCCCAGACGCACACACACACUCAGCCGCACGCUCCGCAGACAGGUUGCAGUGUCUGCUGAUUCUCAGGAGGCCCUGUGUUCAGACGGAGGGGAGAGCAAUGAAGGACUUGUGAAUGUGGCCUCUCUUAGCCUCCCUCCAUCCCCCUCCACCUCCUCCCCUCCCUCCAACUCUCCCUCACCCUGCUCCCAUCAUCAUCAGCAGCCUGCCCUCUGUCUGGUCCCCGCCACACCAGGCGCUUCCCCUAAACCCUUGCACCCUAGCAGCGUGCACACCCAGCUUCAUGACCAGCACUGCCUCACCUCCUCCUCCCCCUCCUCCUCCUCCCCUUCCUCCUCUUCCUCCUCCUCCCUGCCUCCUCCACACUUACCAGCCAGGCAGCAAGGGGACGCAUUGGUCGAUCAGGAAGUGUCUCUCAUUACCCACACGGGGUUGGCUGGAAGCGAUGACAUCAUGACAGAGGACAGUGGUGAUGGCAGUAAUGAGGGUUACAGAGGGUACACAGGCUGCCAGGAAAGCCGGAGUCCAUGUUUGAGGCAGCUGAAGAGGUUCCACAGCGCUGACACACAGGGCCGCAGCACCCUCCUGCCCCGCCCCCGCCCCUAUUCCUGGUUGGACGACCCACGACGCCACUCUGUAGAGGUAUGCUCCUCGGUAGAGUCUAGCCCCCAGCGCAGCACCACCUCCACCUCCUCUGGCUUUGUGUCACGAGCCGACAGCCUGCAGAUCCACAGUCAGACCUCCACUCAGAACUCGCUGCCCUCGCCCAGACGCAAGAAAAAGAUGAGUCCACCAUGCAUCUCUGUGGACCCCCCUGACGGACUGGAGCCUCAGCCUGGCUUCUACCCGGGUGUGGGUGCACUCGGGGGCAUGGGGCUGGUGGGAUUAGGGAUGCCCCCUCCUCUGCCCAGCCGGGAAACCUGCCUGAGAAGGAGGGCGCCCUCCAGUGACUCCAAGGACUCCUUUGACCUGGGAGUAGGAGAGGGUUCAGGACGGGACGGAGGCUCGCCAAACCCCAACACCAACCCCAAGCUAUUGACUCUCCCCAGUUUCUCCUUUGAGAAGACAAGCUCUGAGCACUGAACACUGAUAACUCCAACACACACACACACACACACACACACAGACACACACACACAGCCAGAUGAACCCUCCACACACACAAACACACGAUGCACUCGGUGUAUCUGUGAUGGUGAUAGUCCUAGUAAUAAUGCUGUAGAAAGUAAUAAUGGUAAAACUACAACAAACAGUGAAAACAUCCUUGGUUUCAUAAGGAGUGCAGUACUGUAGUAGUGUGACCAUCCCUUGUCUUUGUAUUGUUACUGCCAAAACAACCAGAGAAGAAGAGAACACAUGGAACAACAACACAAACAUGACUGUUUCUCUUCUGCUACACCUGCAUGCCACUGGCUGCAGCUUGACCCCAUAACCUCUGGAGUGACAUCAGCACCUGGGAUUUGGCGCCCUCUGUGGUCGCUGUCUGAACUGCCUGGUGUUGCACAGGGUGGGCUUUGCCCAGUCAGUGGAGGUACAAAGCAAUAUGAACGUUUUAGAGACACUAUUUUCUUAAAUUAUUGGGCCAUCGUGUUUGUACAGGAUGUUGUUUUUAAUUUCAUUCUAUUGUUAUUUUCAUGUCUUUUUUGUGAUUUUCUUUGGGGUUUUUUUUGUCAAAAUGGGUUGUCUUUGUCCCUUUUUUCACUGUAGGAUAUUUCUAGCUUUCUUGGUUUACUGAGGAAAGUGAACGUUUUUCAAAGUGCUGAAAACCAUGUAUUUGUAGGAAUAAUAUAUAAAUAUAUAUAUUAAAAAAAGUCAUUAAACUGAGCUUGGAUUUUUAAGCACAUGCAUUAGAUUGUGGUGGUUUGAUUACUGGAGGAAAAGGGUGGCUGCAGUCAAAGUUUUUCCACUGAUUGCUGGAUUCUCUUGAGUGUCUCAAACAGCCCCAGUGUGCAGGA